AUGGCAAUCUCACUUUAUGCUGAACCUUGGUCUUUUCUGUCAUCUACCCUUGCGGCCACUCUGAAAAUAGUUUCUGAUAGAAGUUCUACACUCAGGCCUUGGGUGGUGCAGGUUGCUGAGGGCAUUGCUUCCUUGGUUGACAGAUGGCAGGGGGUUGGUUUUACUCACGGUGUGUUGAACCCUGACAAUAUGAGCAUUAUGGGUCUUACAAUUGAUUACGGUCCUUCCGGAUAUCUGGAUGCAUUUGCUCCAAGUUACACGCCGAAUACCACGGAUCUUCCUGGGAGGAGAUAUUGUUUUACAAAUCAGCCUGAUAUUGGCUUGUGGAAUAUUGCACAAUUCACCAGAACUCUUGUAGCUGCCAAGUUGAUAGAUGAUAAGGAGGCGAAUUAUGCAAUGGAAAGAUAUGGAACCAAAUUCAUGGAUGACUAUCAAGCUAUGACCAAAAAACUUGGUCUCCCCAAGUACAUUAAACAGCUGAUCAGUAAACUUCUGAAUAACAUGGCUAUUGACAAAGUGGAUUACACGAACUUUUUUUGGUUUCUAUCCAAUAUCAAAGCUGAUCCUAACAUUCCAGAAGAGGAGUUGUUGAACCCACUAAAGGCUGUUCUAUUAGACAAUGGCUCAGAUGAGGAGAGGAAGGCAUCAAUGAAUGCGGUGAACCCUAAUUAUGUUCUCAGAAACUACUUGUGCCAGAGUGCCAUCGAUGCAGCUGAACAAGGUGAUUUUGAGGAGGUUUGGAGGGUGCUUGAAGUAAUGGAACGACCAUAUGAUGAGCAACCAGGAAAGGAGAAAUACGCUCGCUUACCCCCUGCCUGGGCUUAUAGGCCUGGAGUUUGCAUGCUGUCUUGCUCUUCAUGA